AUGCGUUCUGAAAAAGCGGUUUUAUAUGAACGGUUGUUGGAUACCGCACUAUGUAGUCAUGACUGGUCAAAUGUACCAGAAUUGGUGCGGAAAGUGAGGAAACAUGAUGAGAAAAAAGACGCUUUAUGUGAAAUUGUUCUUGCAGAAUAUCGUUUAGAAAGUUUGAUGAAAUCAGAAAAAAAUGAGAAGAUAGAGGAUAAAAUUCUGUGUACAGUAUUUGUUGAUGCAAGGAAUAUGUUUUCGGUCGUUGAUGAAGUGUCUAUAAGUGAAAUUAUGGAGAUAGUUAUGAAAUUUUUGAAUAGUGUUGAAACACAACAUGAAAAAUUGCAUGCGCGUACUGUUUUGAGUCAUAUUUACUUUUUGAAGUCGGAUUAUAGGCGUGCUUUGGAGACAAUAAGUUCAUAUUGUGAAGUAACAUCAAUUUUAGAGAGUUCGGGGUAUUGUUUAUUUAAUAUAAUUAAAGGAUAUUUUAUUAAGGGUCUGUGUCAAGAAUGUAUGUUUGAAACGUCAUUGGCAAUUGAAACGUAUAAAUCGGCUGUUUAUGCUAUAGAACAGAUAAAACAUAAUAGGAUUCCUGAAAAGGCGUUUGAAUGGCUUGAUUUCAUAUACUAUAGGUCAUGUCUUUUAUUCUUAAGAUCUGAUUCAUAUAAUGCAAUUAAAUCUGGAUAUUUAGACAAUUCUAUAUCUCUAAUUAAAAAAGCAUUAUAUUCUGCGGCUGUAUGUCGCUUAUAUUAUCGGUUACUUUCUGAAUUAUUGAAUAAUAGUAUUUUAAGCGAUACUCCUAAAGAUGAAUCAUCAAACUUAAAAGAGUCUGAUCUUCCUUAUUGCGUUUUUUCUGUAUCUGAAUUGGAAUCACGUAUUCUUAAGAUAGAACCUAUAUAUAAAAGUUUAUUAUUACAAGUUGUUAAUUUUCCUAAAUCUGGUCGGUUAAAUGGUAUUAUCUUGGAAUAUGUGGAUUGGGUUAUGAAAAAUUGGAAAAAUAUGGGAAAAGGACUGGAUUAUGCAGAAACAAUUGUAGAAACUAUUUAUCAUGCUAUCAACAAAACAUAUAAAUCUCAUCGUCUUAUACGAUAUUUGAUGGAGGUCUUAAUUUUUCUAAGAAAUUAUGAUGAAGCACGCUGUGCAUUUGAUUUAUAUGUUGAAUUGGUUGAAAGAGCUAAAAUUUCACCUUUUCGCCAAGAAAUUAUGUCUCGUAGAAAUGAACCAAUAGAACAAGACACUGGACAGGAUUUUGAUGAUGAUAUUACAGUUGCAGAGACUUAUGUAAAUGGGAUAAAGUUGUAUAUUAUUCAUUAUGAUGAUUUUGAAAAGGCAUUAGCAAUUGUUAAAAAAUUGCGUCAUGCAUUGGAUACUUUGGAAUCUCCGAAACACUGUAAAGUUAUUGGCGAUAUUUGGGAGGUAAUAGGAAUAACAUAUAGUUGUCAGUCUAUAAAAACAUAUGAGGCUUCUGAGAGGCCUUCUAUACAACAAGAUGCAAUUAAUGCUUUUCAAAAGUCUUUAGAAUAUGUUCCUGAUAAGAAAUCUACUCUAUAUCAUUUAGCGUUUCAAUAUGCUGAACAAAGAGAAAUAACUGACGCUAUUUUGACAAUAAAGAAUGUUGUUUCUCAGAAAUAUAUGUUGUAUCAAUCAUUCCAUCUUCUUUCGCUUUUAUUAUCUACUAGAGGGGAAUAUAGUCAAGCUAUUCAAAUUUGUGAAGCUGCAAUCCAAAUAUCAGGUGUUGAAACUGGUGAUAAUUUUUCUCAUUUGGAUUAUAGAGAUCGCGAAAGUCUUGUUGAAAUAAAGAUUACUCUUUGUGCACUUUUAGAGGCAAGGGAUGGUAUAGAUGUUGCUAUUGAAAUGUAUAAAAAUAUUUUUAAUUUUUAUGCAAAAGUUUUUAAAACAGAAUAUUCUUUUCCUGUCUUUGAAUUGUCGGAUUCAAUACCUAUGGAAACUAUUUCUUCUCUGCUUCUUACUGAAAAUAAAGUAAUGAUUAAGUCUCUUGAAGAGCGGUUAUCAAGCCAUGUUUUUUCGCAAAGGUAUACUUCUAGUCAAUUAUCAUUGUUUAAUGCUUCGAAAAGAUCUGUUUCUUUUUGUUCCUUAAAUAGUAAUAUUCAAGAUAUAAAUUCAAAAUUAAAACAUAAAUAUUCAUCACUAGAUCAUUCUGAUUUAAAUGUUUCUCGAAUUAGUCAAUUAUCUUUAGAAAAUGGAUCUCAGAGUAAGAUUUUGUCAUUCAAACAAUCUGAAUUUUCUCAUUAUUAUUUAAAAAAAGAGCAAAAGAAAAUAUCUAAGCGUUGUUUAAGAAAAAUUUGGUUAGUUUUCUCAUCCUUAUAUUGUCGUGCUUCAAAAUGGGAUGAAUCUCUAAUGUCUAUUAAAGAAGCAGAGAAAAUUGGAUUGUUUCAUCCAGAUGUACAUACUCAGUGGGGUAUUUUUUAUUAUCAUUUAAAUAGAUUGGAGGAUGCUGCUAGAAGAUUUGAAUGGGCUUUGUUAGAAGAUCAUGAUCAUAUAAAUGCUAAUAUUGGAUUGAGUAAAGUUUUUUUGGACUUAAAAGGAGAAAAAUAUGAAUCCUAUAGAGAUAGAGCAGAACAAAUGUUAGACAUGGUAACUAAGCUUUCUGGAUGGGAUUCAUCAGAAGCGUGGCUUUUAUUAGGGGAGAGUUGGGAAAAAAUGAACGAUUUAAAAAACGCCAAAAAGGCAUAUUGGUAUGCUGUAGAAUUAGAAGAUACAAGACCGGUUAGACAUUGGAGAAAUGUUUCUCCAAGAUUUGUAGCAUAG